GCCGCGCCCAAAGAGGCGGCGACAGCACGGCCAUUCCGAGGGCGGGUUGUCUUGACCGGAUUCUGGCCUCCUGCCGGUGCCUCCUCUCACGGUGAUGCUGGGUGCGGGUGCGGGCUGCGCCGCGAGGGCGGCAUCGAUGCGAGUUCUUCCCAGCGGGUCCUUCCUUCCUGCAUGCGUAUCCUGGGCCCCCGAGGCGUACAUACCUAACGAUCCUCGGCCCACUGUUGGGCCUGGGACGCCUUUGGCAACGCCCGGCUCGCUCCUUGGCCGCCAGAGUGACCGCCCGGGUGUGCGCCGCCGUGCGGAGGUCUCCCCGCACCAGGUGCCGAUGGCGUGUGAGAAUCGGGCGACCAGGAGGUCGACCCUGCUGUCCGACCAGGCCGCCAUCCGCGCGCAGCAGGACGCGGCGCUGCUGGUGCAGCAGCGGCGCUCCGUGCGGCAGUCGUGAGGGCGAGGGGCGCCCUGCCCACCGUCCCGGCCCCGCGGGCGCCGCGCGUACGGGGGAGUGAGGAG